AUGCCCUACACCCUCGUGCUCCUCCGGCACGGCGAGUCGACGUGGAACGCGCUCAACCUCUUCACGGGGUGGGUCGACGUGCCGCUCUCUGACAAGGGCCGCGCGGAGGCGACGCGCGGCGGCGAGCUGCUGCGCGAGAAGAAGAUCACGCCCGACAUUCUGCACACGUCGCUGCUCAAGCGCGCGAUCGUGACGGCCAAUCUGGCGCUCGAGGCGGCCAACCUCGACUGGAUCCCGGUCCGCCGCGACUGGCGCUUGAAUGAGCGGCACUACGGCGCGCUGCAGGGCCUGGACAAGAAGGCCACGCGCGACAAGUACGGCGACGAGCAGUUCAUGCUCUGGCGCCGCAGCUACGACAUGCCGCCGCCCAACAUCGACCCGGCGGCAAAGUACUCCCAGACGCGAGAGCCGCGGUACGUUGGCGACCCCGUGCCGCUGGCCGAGUGCCUCAAGGACGUGGUCGCGCGCUUCCUGCCCUACUGGCACGACCACAUCGUGCCCGAUCUGCAGAGCGGCAAGACGGUGCUUGUGGCCGCGCACGGCAACUCGCUGCGCGCGCUCGUCAAGCACCUCGACGGUAUCAGCGACCACGACAUUGCGGCACUCAAUAUCCCCACUGGCAUCCCGCUGGUCUACGAGCUCGACGAGGACCUCAAGCCGCUCGUCAAGGGCGGGACGUACCUCGACCCCGUGGCCGCCGAGGCGUCCAUCCACGCCGUGGCGAACCAGGGCAAUGGGCCAGUUGCUGGCCUCACGAAACUCGCCGAGACUCGCGUCCAGCAGUGCGAGAACGCCCUGUGGUUCCUCCUCUCGCUGCCCGAGGUGGCUGGGGCACUCGAGAGAAUACACCUCGACCAAGGCGAUCUCGCACUGCCCUCGGCGCCGACCUCGGGGCUGGAACGCACCGAACGCGCAGAGUGGUGGACAGAGUACCCGCUCGACUCUACGUCCUCCCUCCUCCGCUUCCUGCAGCAGGGGCAUGUGAUGCAGGCCGCAGGCGCGCAGCCGCAGCCCACGGCGGUAUCGAUCUCCGAGGCAGCGUCGACGUCGACCUUCUCGCCCCGCGCAAGGAUGGAGGAGGCGCACACGAUCGUCGUGGCCCAGGACCUCGGGUACGAUGAGCAAGGGGGCAGCGGCUCGACGACGCCCAACCGCCCCUAUGGCGACGUACUGGACAACGAUGCCGAGCAGCCCCGUAACACGUUCAGCCACUUGUGGCACCUCGUCUCGGCUGCCAUUCCUGACGAGCCCGGCGCGGCGGCGCGUGCUGCUGGGACAGAGGGGGAGGCAAGACGGCAGGGAGAGGGGUUUAGAGAUGGAGAGGGGAAGGAGAGCUUCUGGUAG